GAGGCCUUGCUUUUCCGGUUCUCUGUACCGUUCCAGGGGCUGCAGAGACGGACCCUGCAGACAUGUCGGGGUUCAGCCCGGAACUCAUCGACUACCUGGAAGGGAAGAUCUCCUUUGAGGAGUUCGAAAGGCGGAGAGAAGAGAGAAAAACCCGCGAGAAGAAAAGUCUUCAGGAAAAAGGAAAGUUAUCUGAAGAAAAUCCAGAUGAUUCUGAAGUUCCAACAUCAUCAGGAAUUGACUCUACCAAAUCCCAGGACAAAGAUGUCAAUGAAGGAGAAACAUCAGACGGAGUGAGUAAGUCAGUUCACAAGGUCUUUGCUUCCAUGCUUGGAGAGAAUGAAGAUGAUGAGGAGGAAGAAGAGGAGGAGGAGGAAGAAACACCUGAGCAACCCACUGCAGGCGAUGUAUUUGUAUUGGAGAUGGUUCUCAAUCGUGAAACCAAGAAGAUGAUGAAAGAGAAAAGGCCUCGGAGUAAACUUCCCAGAGCUCUGAGAGGUCUCAUGGGUGAAGCCAACAUUCGCUUUGCUAGAGGAGAACGUGAGGAGGCAAUAUUGAUGUGCAUGGAAAUCAUAAGACAAGCUCCUCUGGCUUAUGAGCCAUUCUCUACUCUGGCCAUGAUAUAUGAGGAUCAAGGCGACAUGGAGAAAUCAUUGCAGUUUGAGUUGAUUGCUGCACAUUUAAAUCCCAGUGACACGGAAGAAUGGGUUAGACUGGCAGAAAUGUCUCUGGAACAAGACAAUAUUAAGCAGGCUAUCUUUUGCUAUACAAAAGCUCUUAAAUAUGAACCUACUAAUGUCCGUUAUCUGUGGGAACGAUCAAGCCUUUAUGAACAGAUGGGUGAUCAUAAAAUGGCCAUGGAUGGUUAUAGGCGUAUUUUAAACCUUUUGUCUCCUUCUGAUGGAGAACGUUUUAUGCAAUUGACUAGAGAUAUGGCAAAGAGCUACUAUGAAGCCAAUGAUGUUACUUCAGCCAUUAAUAUAAUUGAAGAAGCUCUCUCAAAACACCAGGGCCUAGUCUCCAUGGAAGAUGUUAACAUAGCAGCUGAACUAUAUAUUUCUAACAAGCACUAUGACAAAGCUUUGGAGGUAAUUACAGAUUUUUCUGGAAUUGUGCUUGAAAAAAAAACUUCAGAAGAAGGAACCUCAGAAGAGAAUAAAGCUGGUGAGAAUGUUACCUGCACUAUACCUGAUGGUGUACCAAUAGAUAUCACAGUGAAGUUGAUGGUCUGCCUUGUACAUCUCAACAUCCUUGAGCCACUUAAUCCUCUCUUGACAACACUAGUGGAACAGAAUCCUGAAGAUAUGGGAGACCUCUACCUAGAUGUUGCUGAGGCUUUUCUGGAUGUUGGUGAAUAUAAUUCUGCACUUCCCCUCCUCAGUGCACUUGUUUGUUCUGAAAGAUACAACCUCGCAGUAGUUUGGCUUCGGCAUGCAGAAUGUUUAAAGGCCUUGGGCUAUAUGGAGCGUGCUGCUGAAAGCUAUGGCAAAGUAGUUGAUCUGGCCCCCCUCCAUUUGGAUGCAAGAAUUUCACUUUCCACCCUUCAGCAGCAGCUGGGCCGUCCUGAGAAAGCUCUGGAAGCUCUGGAACCAAUGUAUGAUCCAGAUACUUUAGCCCAGGAUGCAAAUGCCGCACAGCAGGAACUAAAGUUACUGCUUCAUCGUUCUACUUUGUUGUUUUCACAAGGCAAAAUGUAUGGUUAUGUGGAUACCUUACUUACCAUGUUAGCCAUGCUUUUAAAGGUAGCAAUGAAUAGAGCCCAAGUCUGUUUGAUAUCCAGUUCCAAAUCUGGAGAGAGGCAUCUCUACCUUAUUAAAGUAUCAAGAGACAAAAUAUCAGACAACAAUGACCAGGAGACAGCAAAUUGUGAUGCAAAAGCAAUAUUUGCUGUACUCACAAGCGUCUUGACAAAAGAUGACUGGUGGAACCUUCUGUUGAAGGCCAUAUACUCCUUAUGUGACCUAUCCCGAUUUCAAGAGGCUGAGUUACUUGUAGAUUCUUCACUGGAAUAUUAUUCAUUUUAUGAUGACAGGCAAAAACGCAAGGAACUAGAGUACUUUGGUCUGUGUGCUGCAAUUCUGGACAAAAAUUUCAGACAGGCGUACAACUAUAUCAGGGUAAUGGUAAUGGAAAAUGUCAAUAAACCCCAGCUCUGGAACAUUUUCAAUCAAGUUACCAUGCACUCCCAAGAUGUACGGCAUCAUCGCUUCUGUCUCCGUUUAAUGCUGAAAAACCCAGAUAAUCAUGCCCUGUGUGUCUUAAAUGGACACAAUGCAUUUGUAUCUGGUAGUUUUAAGCAUGCGCUUGGACAGUAUGUGCAAGCCUUUCGCACCCAUCCCCACGAACCUCUCUAUAGCCUCUGUAUAGGCCUAACCUUUAUUCACAUGGCAUCUCAGAGGUAUGUGUUAAGGAGACAUGCUCUGAUUGUGCAGGGCUUUUCUUUUCUUAAUAGAUACCUUAGUCUACGUGGGUCUUGCCAGGAAUCAUUCUACAAUUUAGGCCGUGCCCUUCAUCAACUGGGGCUGAUUCAUCUUGCAAUCCACUAUUACCAAAAGGCCCUGGAGCUUCCUCCACUUGUGGCAGAGGGUAUAGAAGUUGACCAGUUAGACUUGCGAAGAGAUAUUGCCUACAACUUGUCUCUCAUUUAUCAGAGCAGCGGGAAUACCGUGAUGGCUCAAAAGCUUUUGUAUACCUAUUGUUCUAUAUAAAGCCCCUCAACUGAGAAAGGAGCAUUGGGCAGCUGCUGUGUAAGGACCAAUAUUUCUGUCUCAGGGCUUAUUCUUAACUCCAAAAUGGAAAUGAUAAUUUCAGAAUUAUUUAACAGUGUGUUUCAUUUUUAUUAAAUGAUAAUGAUCUUUUGGUAUAUAUGCAAAAUUAUCAUUCAUACAAGAAUUUGUAUAUUGUUCUUUCAUUUUACUUUGGUAUUCCAUACUAAAAUUGUUCCCAGUGCUGAAAUGGACAGUGUUACCCUUUGAGCCAGCUUGGAGUUGAAUACACUGUUUUUUAAUACCAUCUAUUCAUCUGUGCAUUUAAUACUAUAUAUUAAAUAUUAAACACCUAUUCUGUACCAAGCAGUGUUAUAGGUGCUGAGAAUGUAGUCGUAAGACAGAUGUGAUCUUGUCCUUGUGGCACUUAUGGAGUGCGUUACUGACUACUGAGAUAAUUACCAUUCAAUUCAAUUCUUUAAAUACAGAACAUGAGCAUAUAUUUAUUUGAAAGAAAUGCUCACUGACAUGUUUUCCAUUUCAGAAUCACUAGGAAUGUAGGAAAGACGGAAAAUUUUAUAUAUGGAAUAAAGUGUUGCUGAUAAGGUAAAAAAAAAUAGAUAAAAGCCUUUUACUCAUUUCAAGUAUUGUAUGUUCUUAAAUCUAAGAAAAUAAUAGUUUUUAGAUAUACUAUUGAUUUAUUAAUAGCUUUUUAGAGGUAAAUAAAUUCUAUAAUAAAUGGGCAUGUGGAUUAUAAGACCCAGCCUAAUUAUGGGAAGGAAACAAGUAUGAGACUUAGGAUCAAAGAAAAACAGUGGGGGCUUUUUAGGAAUUCUUAGUGCUGUUUAUACUGUAUAUAUAACUUUCUAGUUGAGAAGCAGAAUUCGCAUGUAAUAUUUGUAUUGUGUGCUCUGUAUGU